UAGACACUUAGAGCACAAGGGGAUAACCAUUUUUCUGCAGACCAGCAGCCAGGGCACUUCUCAGAAGGAAAACCUGGGAGGGAAGAAACUGGAAAACAGGACACAAGCAUCUUUGAAGUUAUUUAGGCAAAAUGAAGCUGACUCUGGUGCAGAUCUUUUUCAUAAUGUUGCUGCUCCUGCUGGGCCUGGGGGUGGGCCUGGGGGUGGGACUUCAGAUGGCCGCAGCAGUCCUGGAGGAAAGUGAUCAGCUACUGAAUGAGUUUCAGUCCAGUGACUCACAGGACAAGGCUGAAGCCACUAGGGAGCGAGCGGCCACCCGAAGCAUAGAAACCCUGCUGUUUAGCAACAAAGAAGUGGUGCAACUGGAAGAGACCAUCAUCAGUGAAGAUGAAGUUGGAGGAAACAAGAUGCUCAGAGCUGAGGCUCUCUUUCAGAGCAACAAAGACUAUCUCAGGUCUGACCUGAUGGACAGAGAAUGCAAUGCCCUGAUGGCACAGAAGAUGAAGCCGCACAACCACACAUGCAUACCCCAGUACAUAUUCAUCCAUGAGAAACUAGAUGCAGUCAAAGCUGUCUGUAAGAGUCCUGUUGUUGCCUGUGACCUCAAGGGAGGCAAGUGUCACAAAAGCUCCCGUCCUUUUGAUCUGACAUUCUGCAAGUUAUCCAAACCAGGCCAAGUCACUCCUCACUGUAAUUAUGUAACUUUCAUUCUUGAAAAGUACAUUUUUAUAUCCUGUAGUGACAUGAAAGUCCAGGUAACAUCUGGACCAUGAAGUAACUUCUCUUCUGCACCUUCUCAUCUUUGUCUUCCUUUCCACUUCCUCUUUUUCAUGUUGUUUUCGUCCUUAGGUAUUCUGCAAAAAAGGUUCUGGGAAGAGAGGCUGGCCUAUUCUUUAUCAUAUUUGAAAAUAUAAAUCUUCUUUGCCCUAGGGUUCACCCAAGUUGCGUUUUUUUCCCUGGGAUUAGAGGUGGUAGAAUAGGGUGAUGAUGUCUGAUCUCUGUAGGUUCUCUGUCUCUUACAGUCUAUCUCUUGCCCUGGAAAGAGAUAAGUGAAGAACUGCUCUAGUCUCUCCUAUGAUCCUGGUCAUCAGUCUGUUCCCUGCUGGAUGC